AUGGUCGUUCGUCGCUGGGCGCUGGGCGCCGGCACGCUGGGGGCCACCGUGGCGCUGCUGAGUGCAUCGCAGCGUUUAAGUCUGGCGCUCAUGGAGGACCACCGUCCCACUCCCAAGCCGCAGCUUCGCGUUGCUCGCGCACGGCUUCUCCGCGCGCGGAGCAGGGUUCAGGCUGAAGGCAAAGCGAACUCGCUCUCGGGCGCCUUGCGGUCCACUGAGUUGUGGCAAUUGGAGGCCCCUCCAGCCUUGGAGGAGAUGUCUCCAGAGGCCCCCCGCGCGCGGCCGUUUGAAGCGGACGCUGUCCUGCGCACCGCGCAAGCGGGCGACGUCACACGCGCGGUGCGCUGGCUGGAGACGCUGCUGAGCCGUGGCUUUUUGGACACCGACUCCAUGGACCACUGCUUCGGGGCCAUUGCCGUGUCCUUCGCACGCCAGGGCAAUGCCGGGGGCGCCUUGCGCUAUGUGCAGCGCAUCCAGACGGCCGGCCGCCGGCCUGAGGCAGAGGUCUUCCAAGAGAGCAUCUUGGCGCUGGCAGAAGGUGAGGAUCCUGAUCCUGGCAAGACAGAGACAACUCUGGUGCUGCUCCAGCAGAUGUGUCGCGCAGGCCAUGCGCCGGACUUGGACUGCUGCAAGGCCAUCCUGCGGAGCCUAGGCCUGCGGAACCAGGAUCCUGCAGCGGCCGCCAGGUGGAUGGAGAACGAGAUGCCGAAACUGGGCGUGGAGCCAGAUGACGAGGCUCGAGAAAUCCUGGUGGAGGCCUUUUUCCUGCAAGGCCUUCGGAGAGGUGCGGCCAGCUGGCUCAGCUCCUUGAGGAACGGCCCUUCCAUGCGAUUGCUGGCACUGUUGCGCGACCGCCUCCUACAAAGCGAUGAGGUGGACGAUCUGAAGUAUUGGUUGGGCCGGCCUCAGCUGGGACAUCUUCGAAGGAGCCAGCGCUUGGUGAAGAAGCUCCUGAAGCUGUCGACUUCGCCUCAAGAGGCGGAGGACUGCUUGGAACGUUGCCUUGCGGAGGGCCUGGCAGCGGACAGGAGUUGCUUCUCGCAGCUGGCCGCGGCCUGGCUGUCGAACGGUGAACCAUCCAAGGCAGCUCAUUGGCUCGACCGUGUGGCCACCAUAGGCGGAGGUGGAGACACGGAUGAUGCAGACUCAGCAGCAGUCUUGGCCGAGGGCCUGAAGGCUGGUGCCGCGGAGGCGUCCUCGCAGGUCGACCACCUCCCUUCCUCAAGACACGCUGCCAACAACCCGGUUUGCUGUCCCCAACACUGGGCACUGGCAAGCCUCCUUCUUUGCGAUGAGUUCUUGUUCGAGCAGUGUGGUCUCCAGGGUGUUUCAUCUCCAAGAAUCGACUCAGUACUGGAAUCGAUGCCUAAGGCACCAAACCCUUGA